AUAUUUACCAAUAUCAUUAUUCGCGUAGUGUAUAUUUUCUUUGCCAAUAUUUACAUUUUACAUACAAUUACAUAUUUAUUUAUCUAUGAAAUUACGCGUUUGUGGUGAAAUUGAAAGCACCAAAGCAGUAAAAUCUUGCUUUGUUUUGUUUGAUGCCCAGAUUAUUUUAAUUUACGUAACAUGUACUAAGACGUAGUGGUUAUUUACUUUUUACUUUCAUAUAACUGGAAGUGCUGGAAGAAAUCCAAUCCAUUGCAGCUGUAAAAGCUACCUAAAAAUAAAAAAGUACUGGCUAACAGCGGCAGCAUCACUACAAACCAAACAUUUCAGAAAAUAAGCUGUAUCUGUAAUCUUGCCUUACACAGUCUACAAUGAUCAAGAAAUCAUCCAUAUAUUUGAGAUUUAACUGAUUCGGUUUAGCACAAACAUAAAGAAGACAACUGGAAAAAAAAUUGAAAUGACGUACUUUAACAAAAUAUGCCGUGCUUGUUUAACUGCGAAAGAAUCUUUCAAGUAUUUUCUAUUCGACAAUGUUUCACCAAACAUGUACUCGUAUUGCACAUCAGUAGAAGUCCAACAGAAUGAAGACUUGCCUAAAACUGUAUGUGAAAGUUGUUAUGAACUUCUUAUAAAACUUUUCGAUUUCAAACAAACUUGUAUUAAAUCCCAAAAUACAUUAUUAGAAUGUAAAAAAUCAGUAAAAACAGAAAAUAAUGUUUUCAUAACUGUAGAAGUAGACUCACACAUUGUAGCUAGUGAAGAUGAGUAUGGCAAUGAAUUUGAAAUGAGCAAUGUUAAAGCUGAACAGGCUGAAGUUGGACCAUGCAACAACUGUAUGGUUACAAAUUAGUUGUAAUAGGCAUUUUUUGCGAGUACAUACCUACUAUUUAGCUAUAAAGCAGGAUAAGACAUAUAGUGUGACAGUAUUUCAAUAUGUCGAAUUUAGCAAUGCAGAAGUAAGGGUUUUAAAAAAGAGGAUAUUCAAUUGGUGCCGCCACACAGAGAUCUAAGAGAAGAGAGGGAAGUUGCCGAUAUAUAAUUGGCACCAGCUGCUGAUAUCGAAGUUGAGCAUGUUCAGAUACGAUCAGACGAAGAUAAGGAUAUUUUUAACAUAGGUACGCCAGAUGCUGCCAGUGCUGACACAGUACCUAAUUCGCCUUCUUCUUUAGACAGCAGUCCAAGCCGUUUGUCAACAGCCUUAAAUUUAGAAUUAAUGUCACAGACUCCGAAAAAGAUGAAACUUGUCCCUUGAUAACACAAACAUUAGCUCAGAUGAGUUGCUUUAAUUUUGUUUCAGUUUCUAACUGUUUUCUUAUUCUCAAUUAUAAUAACAUUGCAGUGCUGCUAAGCAUGAAAAUAUUGUUUUAUUUUUGUCAUAGUGCCAUUCAUCACGAGAGGCGGGCAACAUACCGGCCGUGUAUGUACGAGGGGUGGACGAAGUACUGGGCUCCUACUUACGGGGUUGGGCAAGCACGAGGCGGAUUGUUUUUCGUUACUCCUCGUAACCUAAAACAGUUAAAGCAAAUAUCGUUUGAUUGUUUUUCUUUCUUGUAUUUAUUUCCUAUAUAGGUCACCAAGUACAAGAUACAAUUUUGAGAUGGUGGUACCUUCACUUGCGCAAUUCAUUGAAUGUGGUGGAAGCAGAUCCAGCUCGCCCUGCACAAGACCAAAUUUUGAAAUGGCGGUGCCUUCACCUGCGCAAUUCAUAGAAUGUGGUGGAAGCAGAUCCAGCACGCCUUGCACUAUUCAAUUAGAGACCAUUCCACCAAAAAAGCGUCGUAUUUUAAGAUAUUGAAAUUGAAGAUAUUCUGAAUUUUGAUGAAUUUGCCAGUGAUAAAAAGGAAAUCGGUAAUACUAAUGAAUUACAAAUAAAGGAUGAAUUAUCUUGUGAUAACUCAACAAAGAAAAAAAUAUCAAAAAGAUUAAAAAAGUUAGCCACGCCCAACCUACUGGUUGUUAAGUCAGUGUCAAAAAUAAAUUUAUCCACAUCAAAGAAACCAAAAAUAUUUUCAUGUCAGUUGUGCAAGAAAAAUUUUAGCUUCCGCGAACGGUUCGAAGCACACAAAUUGGAGCAUGAGGGUAAGGAAGCACCAAUUUAUUGUGCACCAUGCGAUAAGACCUUCAUGACAUGGAGUGGUCUGUGGCGGCAUAACGAGAGCGAACAUACUCGCGUCAGCCUCGGCAGCCUAAAGUGCCGCAUUUGUGGCAAGACGUCAAAAAACAAGCACACUCUGCGCAUGCACGAGAAAUCGCACGCGAAACGUAGUCCAUGUGUUUGCGACAUUUGUGGGAAAACGUUUGUCUCCACCACUGUACUAAAGGCUCAUUUGGAAACCCACGAGGAAAACAGGGAGCGAAGGUACGAGUGCGAUCAGUGUGACAAGAAAUUCUUUUCAAACACAGUCUUACUGUCUCAUAUAUCAAAAUGUCAUAGAGGUAGAAGAUUCAUAUGCCAAAUAUGCACGUUUUCUUUCUCAGAGAAGAGUAACUUAGUAAGACAUUUGCGAUUACAUGAAGGAAAGAAGCUGUUUAAAUGCGAUCUGUGUGAAAAAUCCUACGUGGCUAGUUCGUCACUAAUCGAACAUAAAAGAAUGCACUCUGGAGAACGACCUUUCUCUUGUAUUUAUUGUCCUAAAACUUUCUCCGCUAAAAAGAGACUCAACGAUCAUCAUAGAAUCCAUACAGGUGAAAAACCGCAUAGAUGCGGCGUGUGCAGUCAGAGUUUCACUCAACGAGGAACUCUAAAUAGGCAUAUGAAAGUACACGGGAAAUUCUCUUUGGCUCUCAAUUAGAUUGAAAUUCAGUAUUACAAUUAAAUCGAAUUUAAUAUUUAUAUAUGAGCUGGGCACAGACCUGCUUUCACAUAUAAUAUAUAUGUGGGUAGGUCUGUGCCGAGCUGUGGGACCUAAAUAGGAUAUAAGCUGUAACUAACUGACUGCUAGUUUUAAUAGAAGUGUCCUGCUUAUUCAAAAUAAAAAAGCUAUGUAC